CGACAAUAUUGUCAUCGUUGUAUAUGAUUAUUAAUGCAACACCGGGAAGUUCACAGGUCCGUAACAGUGAUCUAUUGAACCAUGAAAAGAGGAAGUUGGAUUCUGAGUUUUGGGAGUGAGGAAGGAAAGCGAUCACACGGUGCGUUAUCAACCAAUGUAAGUACUCUGCAGAAUCGCUAUUCCGGUUAUGGUGUAAUUAGCCGAUAUUUAGGUGAAAACAAGACUGAAAUAAUGGCUGAAAGUGAGGAACGUGGGACAGAAGCAGUCAGUGAUCAGCCUGAUCAGACAGACAGAGAUAAGAGAGAUAUAAGUCGAGCUGAUUCAGUGGAGAGCGCUAUUGAUCAGCAUUUGAAGAAGGUGGAGCUGCAAGUGAUAGCCGCGACCGAAAAAGAACUCAGUCAGGCGGAGGCUGAUCGAUACAAAAUGGCAACAUUAAUUAACCAGGAAACUGAGCGAGAUAUUCGACGAUUGUACGAGAAGAGAGAUGAACGACUGAGAAAGAACCACCAAGAGACUGAGAAGAAACGACAAAUGAUUGUUGAAAAGAGAUUUGAGCUUGUGGAACAGAUUCACAGCUUGGGUGACGAAAUCAUGAAAACUGCAAACAAACUGAAAAUAAAACACCAUGAUAUGGGAUUUUCGAAAUCAUCAUCGUCGCCAAAGCUCCAUGCUAAACUAGCCAAGAAGCUAUCAGGACACCAUCACAAGAACGGCGGAGACAGCAGCUCCAAGAAUAAACAAUCGUGCGCUGGAAUUGAGGGACUUGCUAAGCUUGUUCAUGAGAUAGCCUUUGGAAUAUCUUUUAUGAAGCUUGAAGGAGCGAAGGUUGGUCAGAUAAGUGGUAACACGGAUAGGUGGGUCUUGGAAGAGAAGAUAGAGGUGGGACCGAUGGUUGGACUACCAGCUCUGAAAGGCGCCAUCAGCGGUUCUGAAGUCGUGGUGGAGGAUGUCAAGACAUCUUUUGUGUACGUCACGAACAUCGAAGAUAAGACAACCAGGGCGGUGAUCGGAGAGAAGUACCCGAUGUUUAACUGCGCAUCCCAUGACGGUACGGUGAUUGUCUGCGGUGGCAGGAGUGGCAAGGUGGCGCUCUAUGACAGAUCUUGGGGACACCUUCGAAACCUGAGCUUACCCGAGAAGUUCUUGAGCGGAGCUGAGGUGAUGUGUGUCGCGGUGGAUGGAAGCGCCAGGAUCUUGAUAGCUCAGUAUGGAGGUAACACCAUCCAUGUCUUCAAUCCUUCAGGUACUCAAUGGAUCAAGACCAUCGAGAUCGAAGAGAUGGUUCCGAUUCAUGGUAUCCAUGUCUUACAAUCUGGAAUCGCUGUACACUCUGCUAUGUACGGAGAACAGGUGUGCAUCGUCGACAAGGACGGGAAGGUCAAGGCUAACGUAUUCCUUGAGGAAUCCGAGGAGAAGUGCAUGAGUAUUCUAUCCACUGACCCGGUGUCCAAUGCCCUCUUUAACCUGACUUGUAAUUCUACCAGUGGACAAUGUGUAGUGGAGGAACUCUGUGAUGUGAAGUCAGGUCAUGCGAAACCAGAGAAGAUAAUUGAAUUUGAUGCUCCUAGACUGGCUAACGGACUCAUUGCAGGAGAGGGGUUCAGUGUCUUAAGACCGGACAAGAUGGUUACGUGUGAUGGGGAACAACUUCUUGUCUAUGGAAAGAGGAAAGGGGUGCACCACCUUCGACAUAUAAUAUCGGAAUCAAACACAAUCAACAAAGGUGACAGAGACUGAGUACUGUUAAUAUUGCUGACAUACAUCUUGUGUAACUGUUGUAUAUUCCUUUUUCGUAAUGGACAAUACAGACAGCCUGGAGCUGUUUCAGCGAAAUAUGACAU